AUGGACCGGCCUCCAUUUCCAGAUGAUCCGCGUGCCUCGGCACCCCGGUCUUCCGCGUCGAGGCCACAAGCGGCAGAUGCACAGAGAGGAUCGGAUCGACUGCCUCCCGUGCUGCCUACGAGCAACUCGCUGCCCGCCAUGCCCUUCGGCCGAUCCGAACGACUUCCGCCUCUCUCCCACGCUCACCUUCCUCCGAUCAAGGAGCCCGACGUGGCAUCCUUUGCCAGCCACCGAGCCUACGCUCCAUCCCUCGGUGAGAGGCAUGGCUACGAUGCCCUCCGUCGGCCCAGCCCACCUGGCCAUUCCGUCCCCGUUGGCAUGGUUUCCGCCGAUUACACCCACUCGAGAAGGUCUCCUGGAGAAAGCGGCGCGCUGCCCUAUCAUCCCACGCAUCUGCGACAUCCGGAUCCGUACCGUCAGGAGCCACCGACAACCCACGUCGGCUCCCACGCCGCCCACCACAUGCGUUACGAUGCACCAUCAGCCCACAUGCGCCACCCAUCCGAACUUGAGCCUAUUGCAUCCGGCACGCCUAUCAAGCGUCCACGCGUCUCUCUUGCAUGCCUCGCCUGUCGCAACCGCAAGUCUCGCUGCGAUGGCGUUCGCCCAACAUGCAAGACUUGCGCCAACAUGAAAAUCGACUGCAAGUGGCCCGAGGUCGACUUCCGUCGUGCAAAGACUGGAGACGCCGCUCGCACCCGCAAGAGGAGCCCCGCUGGCCCGUCGGGUCAGCGAUCGCCAGAAUCCUUGGAGCACAGAAGCCGCCCCCUGACCGACAUUGCCGCAGAGGGCCGCGGCCUGGUAUCCUCGGAUCGCCAUUCUGAUGCCCUGGCCUCGUCGCCUUCACUGCCUGCUCUGCCCAUGGGUGCUGCUUUGCAUCCCCGUGCGGGCCCUCAGGCAACCAGCCCCGUUCAAAGUCGUAUCGGCCGCUAUCGGACGCAUUCCGACGGUGACCGCGAUGCUCGGUAUGCGGAUCCUGCGGUCAGCCGCAGUCCCUCCGAGAGGCAUCUGCUGCCCCCCUAUGCUCGCGACGGUCGCGCCGACCUAUACGACAGGAUGGAAGCUCAGACACGCCCAUACAGCUCGGGAGGCGUGCCGGGCUUGCGGCUUGAUCCGACUGCAUCAUGGAUGCGCGAAGAACGCACAGAAUCGCAUCCUCACGACGUUCGCACCCCUUACGACAGCCAUCCGAGCAGGCCCGUGCGAGGCUUGCCGGAGCUGCGCAUGACGCCAACAACAGCAGCCUUGAUGCGAUGCAGACAGAGGGCCGCCGAGGUCGCCGUGCUUGCACGACCGGCCAUCGAUCCGCAGCGUACGGCCGUGGAAGCACAUCUGCUUCGCGAACGUUCUCUCGAAGACCUCGCCGAUCGAGCCUCACCGGGCGAGCGUCUGGAUCGCGCUUUCGCCGCCGAUUGGCAGAUCCUCGGAGGCUUGUCUCCAAACGCACGACGUCCCUUUAUGGACGUCGCAGCCGGCAUCGUGGGCAUCAUCGAAAUCUUCGGCGAGCAGGCCCCGCACGGCGUUGCACCAUCGCCUCCACAAGAUGCUCGCCUGCACACCUUCCGCCUGCGCGCCGCCUCGGCCCUGCAGCCGGACCUUCGCCAUGUAAGCGUGGCUCUGGAUCUCUCUCCACAACAAAAGGACGACCUGCUCGAGGCUUCCUCGUCCGCCUACGACACGCUCAGCUACGCGGUUCCAGUCGAUCGCCUCUCCUGGCCGCUCUCUAGCAGCGUUCGGCGCGCCUUGACGGUGCAUGCCACCGAGAGCGCACAGGCCGUCGGUGCCACUCAGACGUCGCCCGUGCACCCAUCGGCACUGCCAGCCUCUGACGCUGUCCCUUUCCUGCGCCAGGAAGAUGUCAAGCCGCCUCAGAAAGUUCUCGAGCUCUGCUUUGCUGCCUACACAAGGGCCGUCGGAGAGCAGGUGCCCGGUUUGGACACCGAGGUGGUUGCGCAGCGCAUCCGCGACGGAUCCAUCUCGGCGCUGCUGGCCAACGCCAUGUGUGCCAUUGGAGCCAGUCUCUACGAGCGCGCAGGCGAGCGCCUGCCGGUGGCCGAAGCCCUCGGCAGCAAGAUGUACCUCCGCCGCUCGCGGGCGCUGAUCGGUGGCGCCCUGCAGAACCCGGAUCUGGAGGCCAUCUUGGCGCUCGGCGUCAUGGCCAUCCGUGAUAUCCUCAUGGGUGAGAUCGUGUCGUCGGCCGCCAUCGUGUCUUCGGCCAUGCGUCUGUGCAUGCAGUUGGAUCUGCAUCGCACGCGGGCCUCGACGCCUCCAACAAGUGCAGAUGGCCAAGAGGGUGCAAAGAAGCAGGGCUUGCGAGCCGAUGAUGUCUUUUGGAUGAUCUACUGCUUGGAUCGCAUCACCGCGAUUGCAACGGCGAGGCCGCUAGCGAUCAAGGACCACGAGAUCGAUACCCCAUUCCCGGCAACGCUGCGCAAGGGGCAGCCUUCGAUCUUUGCUGCGCUCGUUCGGCAGCUGCAUUACCUUGGCCGCCUUGCCGAGGUGGCCAUCUCGGCUCCCGUGGGCCCUGGCAGCAAUCCUGAGCGUCAGCGGGUCCGCGAUGCUGAGAUCGCGGCCGCGGGGGCCGAUCUGGUCGGUCACUACGAGUCACUGCCUUCGGUUCUCCAGCUGAGUCCUGCCAAUCUUGAAAGGGCUCAGUCAAAGGGCGAGGCGCUCUCGUUUCUGCAGCUGCACCUCACUCACAAUAUGGCGCUCCUGCAUCGCUUCCUGCUGUCCGAGGCCCACAUCACCUUGGCAGAGCACGACGCAAUGCGCUCUGCCGUUCACCAGACCGCCGAGAUUUGCCGCCUCGGCGAGGCAUUCAACCCGGACCUCCUUGCUGACACGCCCUUGUCGGCUGUGGCAUGCUUCUUGGCUGGAUGCGCCUCGCUCUCCGAGAUCGAGUAUCUGCAGGAGGUGAUGGAGUUGCCGUCCCGCGGCGAGGAUCGCUCUCGGGCCCAGCAGAUGCAGCUCGACCACACGCAGGCCGACAUGGAGCAGCUGCUCGAGACGAUGGGCAAGCAUGCCAAGCUCUGGCCCGUGGCGCUCAGGCUCGUCAGCCUGCUCGAGACGCAGAUGCACUCGGGCGCCUCGGCAGCGUCGUCGUCCACUGUAAGCGCACUCGUGGCCCAGGUCGAGGCGGUCCACGUCGUGGUUCGACGACCCGCGGAAGCGAGCGACCGCGCAGCUGCCAAGGCGGGUCCGGUCCUGGUGCGCAGGAUCCAUGAUCUCGAAAUCCUUCGCGCUGUCUUUCCGCACCUGUGUUGA